AUGUUGUGCGUCGUGUCAAUAGCCGACGGCAAAAGGAAAGAGGCCGAGGCGGUUAACCUGUUGGUUGCUCUUGCUGUUUUUGUCUGCAGCUCCGUAAUGGGAAGGAAGGAGCACCCGAGCCUCCGUCAACUGCAGGUCACAGCAGUCCUCACAGACUGCAUCUGCCAGUUUGUUGGGCCCAGGAGGCGAGCGUAUGACGUCUUCUCUGGUGCAGAGGAUAUUUGGUCCGCUUACACCGAACGGCUGUACUUUCCCAAGCGAACGAGGGGAGAAAAGGAGAAAUGA